AUGGCUGAUCGAUUGACACAACUUCAAGAAGCAAUUGACGAGCUCGCUCUUCAAUUCGUCGCAUCGCUCGUAUGGAUUAACAAGCACCAUGACUACCAAACUCUCAGCCCAACCGACAUGGUCCGAAAAGAUACCAAGAAGGACGAGUCCGGCGAAGCAUUGCCAAAUGAAGACGGCUUAGAGCCAUUACCUGCGGACAAAUUCAAAGAAGGCCAGCUAGAAUUAGCCCGGGAUCUCAUCAUCAAAGAGCAGCAAAUUGAGGUGCUUAUAUCUGCACUGCCGGGACUGGAAGACAGCGAGACCAAGCAGCACCAGACGAUCCUAAGAUUGGAGCAAGAAUUGAAAGAAGAAGAAGAGAGGAGAAAAGAGGCUUUGAAGGAAAAAGAGGCUGUUCUGGCUAGGUUGGAGGGAGUUAUAAGGAGUGUGAAGAGACCGUGA